CGUCAAAUCUGUCUCAGAAAGGUUAACAGGACUGACUGAGUAGAGUGGGAGUGUAAAAUGUAAAAGCGAGUAGGAGGGAAGAGAGAGAGGAGGAGAAGAGACAAGAAGAGAAAAGGAGGAGAGUGUCUGAUAGACAGUCUGUUGAGCUCGUCUGGAUGUUUCUGCUCGUUCUGCUCUUUUCUCCUGCAGCCUUGGAGGACGACACAAGGCAGACAGGUGUGUGAGGACCGUCCGUGUUCAUCUCGUGAACAUGGAUGCACAGAAAAAAGGACGGAUGGAUGGACGGAGGAACAUAUCGUGACAACCUUGGACCUUACUAUUUGCAACACUUGCCAAAAGACUAAUGGAGUCUGUAUCACAUGAUCACAACACCUCCUCAGCUUCUGCAGGAGGGCACGCAGUGCCAGUGUGAGCGACAGGCAGUGUGAGCCAAUGAGCUUCACACCAAACCCGAUUCUAGUCCCAGACAGGGACAGCCUUCCACUGAAAAAGAGGGACCAAAGACCGAGCUCACCAUCACGGCAGCAGCAGUGUGAUGCUGCAACAUUCAAGGCGCCUUACCCUUACAAGAGCCACAGCGAGUUUAAGACAAAACACACAGGCCCAUUUCAGCCAGUGCCAAGACGGGUUCCUGCACUCUACCAGCCCUGGAUUCAGACUCACACAUCCACCAGAUCCAAGCCUCAUGUGCUGUCUGCAUUCAGGGAGCACCAUGGCUGGGCAGAGUGGAGAGAGUUUAACCCCCUGCACCCUGGAUGGGACUUUUCCCACCACUAUCAGCACCACAGCCACUUAUCUGGCACACCCACAGUUCACCCAGGGCACCCACACCACCCCUCCAGAUUCAGCCCUACCUCCUUGGUCUUUGAGGGUUUCCACAGACUGGGUGGAGGCUACGGCUGGGAGCAGCUCAAGACAUUAAGGGACACAAACAGGCAGAGCAGUGGCACGAAUAAAGGACCAUAUGUGAGGAGAAGAGACAGGAAAGCUGAGUAUUUUCACAGGGUUGCAAAACCAAGUCCUCCAUCGUUGAGCACAUGCCUACCUCACUCUCCACAUGAGGACCAACAUGAUUUGUUGCACGAAUCAACAAAUGUUGUCAGCCACCCUGUUUCUGGACGUUCCUUCCCUGGUGAUAACUCAAACAGCACAUACACCUCCAUGAAGGAGGACACAGUCAGAUCUUCUGUUCUGGCCUCUACUGAACAUGCUUCUUCCUCCUCCUCCUCUUCCUCUCCCAACCGUUUCCCCUGGCUGCUCCCUCACUUCGUGGCCGGCUCUCUGAUCGAGCUCAGAGACGGGCGGCUGAGACGAGUGGAGCACCUGCAGACAGAAGACUUCCAGCUGGGAUCACAGGCCUGUCCAGACCUGCGUCUGAGCUGCUGCACGGUGCAGAGCAUCUCCCCUUCAGCCUCCUCCUCCUCCAUCUCACGCCUCCUGAUCCUCCUUCACGACCAACAGUCACAGGAGUUGGUGGAUGUCUAUGUGGAGUACCCAUUCUUUGUGCGUGGGCGGGGCUGGUCCUCCUGCAGCCCUCAGAGGACUGCCCGUCUUUGUGGCCUGCAGUGCCGCCAGCUCUGCGUGGGGGACGUCUGCCUGGCCCUCACACCCGUCCCUGCUCCACAGCCUCCACCGACAGCCGCCCCGGAGCCGAAAACCUCACCCAGGAAGUCAGAGAGAGGGUGUGAGCCCGUAAAGGCAUCACACCCGCAGGUUCCCCCAGGGCCACAGUGGCCAGCAGCAGGGCAGAAGAAGGAAGCAGAGGCAGUGCGGAGGAGACACUAUUCAGCCCCUGAGCUGAGAGGUUCAGGGACUAAUUGCAGUGAGGAGGGUCAGUGGUUUAUGGGCAGGGAGCAAGUCAGUCUCUUUUAAGCUCUGCUACAUUUAGCCUAUAUUUGCUGUCUUUCUACCUCCUUCCUGCGCUUGACUGUCUUUUUCUACUUGUACCUAAGGAGUAAAAGCUGAGGAAGAACAAUAAGGUUGAGUCUCAGGAUCCCCUAGAGGUUAUGUUAGCACAUACAAAUUUGUCAAGGUAAGUCAGGGAUCACAUGCUGAUUAUGUGAGCUGAAUCAGAGUUAAACUUCACAUCUUCUGUGCGCCUGAUCUCUGCCAAGUCUCUCAUAACACAGAGUUAAACCUUGUUCAUGCGAGAGAGAAAGUUUGAGAGAAAGUGGAGAGGUAAAGUGUAAAAAC